CCAAUACGGACUCGCGUUGGACGCGUCACCCAACGCCCACUACACUUUCUACUGCCAUGGCCGAUGUCGAGAUGAGGCCCGCCGUCACUGAACCUAAGGACGAGGAGAGGAAAGAGGACAAGGAGGACAAGAAAGAGGAAAAGAAGGAUGAGCCCAAAAAGGAGCCGGAAUCGCCUGUCACUGAAAUCAAGUCCAAUGCUGCCCUCAUCGAAAAGGCCGUAGCGACUCUGGAGCCACGGUUUACUCAUCGUGUCCUGAGGACCUUGGCCGCGCUAAGAAAGCGUCUGGAUGACUCUGUACUGAGGAAGGCCAUCGAGGAAGUGUACCCUAAAGAUUCUUCGGUGAAGACGACAUUGCUCUCAUGGUUACCUGCUGCACCCACAUCGGAUCAGGAAAUGGAAAUAGACUCGACGACAACGACGGCGCCUGCAAAACCACUUCCAGAACCUGUCUCAGAAGUCGAAAUAUACCUUCGUCUGCUAAUCAUUCACCACCUGCUCAAAUCCCCUGAUCAUUAUACGAAAGCUAUCGAGCUCGCUCGUCAAUCAGUGGAGAAGAUGCAAGCACUCAACCGUAGAAGCAUGGACCCCGUUGCAGCCAAGAUAUGGUUUGCCGUUGAGCGUGCGUACGAAUUUGGUGGUGAGAUCGCGGAUGCCCGACCAAUGUUCCUUGCUGCACAGCGGACCGCCUCUCUGCGGCACGACGAUGAGGCCCAAGCCUCACUCAUCAACCGUCUCCUCCGUAGCUACGUCCAUUACAGCCUGUACGACCAAGCCGACAAGCUUGUCUCAAAGACGACGUUCCCCGAGUCCGCUGGAAACCCUCAAUACGCUCGAUACCAUUACUUUAUCGGCAGAAUCAAAGCUGUCCAGCUGAACUACAGUGCAGCCCACACCAACCUACAACAAGCCAUCCGACGUGCACCUCCUGCAAAGGUAGCACCUGGAUUCUAUCAAGCAGUGCACAAGCUCUCCGUCGUCGUAGAGCUUCUGAUGGGUGAUAUUCCGGACCGAAGCCUUUUCAGGCAUCCCGUCCUAGAGAAGGCUCUAAGCGGCUACUUUGAGAUCGUCAAAGCUGUCCGCACAGGUUCACUCUCGCAAUUCCAAACCACCCUUGCCAAACACGCCGCUCGUUUUGAGGCUGACAAGACUUACACUCUCAUUGUCCGGCUACGACAAAAUGUCAUAAAAACUGGCAUUCGGCGGCUUUCACUGUCUUAUUCACGUAUCUCCCUACGCGAUAUUUGCGUUAAACUUCAUCUCGACUCGGAGGAGGACGCGGAGUACAUCGUUGGCAAGGCCAUCCGUGACGGAGUCAUUGAAGGCCGGAUAGUGCAUGAGAAGGGAUGGAUGGAGUGCGGGAGCCAGAGAAAUGUAUAUGGGCCUGAGGUCAGCGAGAUGUUCCAGAGGCGGAUUGGAUACUGUCUAGAGUUGCAUAACCAGAGCGUGAAGGCCAUGCGGUACCCUCUGAAUGCACACAGGAAGGAGCUGGCUGCAGCUGAGGGUGCUCGUGAGCGACAGAAGGAACUCGCAAAGGAAAUCCAAGAAGGGGAUCUUGACGAUGAAGACAUGGGCGAAGAUUUCUGAGCGUUGAUAUGCAAGUACGACACUACCGUAAUAUAUUCAAUUCUUUUUUCGGCA